UACUGCAGGAGAACGUGGAGGUUCUGGUCCUUCACAUGAGUAAUUCCAUAUUUCACUUCAUACUUUUAAAAACUGUAGUUACUAUACUUCUGACUGCUCUUCAGCGAUGAUGUCAUCAGUAAUGGCCGCUGUGAAAAGCUUGUCAUGUUUGGUAGCUGAGCCCAUAGACAUAAAAUACGUAGAUGCCUCAUGGCGUGCUGGAACGUAAUCCUGCGACGCCGCCAUCUUGGUUGGGUCUCCUCACUAUAGACUAGCACUAGAGUCAAUAGAGAACGAGCAACUAUGACCAUAUUUUGUGCAGUUUAUGGUUGCAAUAACUGGCGCGGUGUUGUUACCAGAUCGCGGGGGAUUACCUUUCACAAAUAAGAUUUUUUUUUAAAUAAUUUUUGUGACAGCGCCCUGUGUCAUAGCUAAAUCUCUGCCAUUUGUAACCGUAUGAAAAUCCGGUAAAAAUUAGGGAGGUCAUGAUUAUUGUAGUUGUGGAUACACCUUCCUCAGUACAAAUAAAUGCAGGGGGGUCACAUUGGAGACCGAUCCAAGAUGGCGGCCGUGCUGAUACGUUAGCUCCAAUAGGCAGCGUCAGUCUAUGAGGCGCCUACAUAUCUUAUGUCUAUGGCUGAGCUGCUGGGAAACUUGUCUUCAUGUUGGUUUGUAAAGCGCGCCAACAGUUUGUUUAGAUCCUGACUUCCUGAAGUGUUUCUGCACAUGUGCAGUAGGAUGGACUAGUCAAGUGUAGUGGGGCUGAAGGGGGACCUGGGUCCUGCACUGUGACGAUGUUUUAGCGAAAAGCAGGGGUUUUUUUGUUUUUUUUUGGAAAACAUGAUAAAUGAUCAAAAAGUAGAAUGAAACUUUGCUAAGCUGAAGUCUGUGAGGAGUUUUAUCUGGACCCUGGUAAGUUUGGACUGAGGACUGAUGGUAGCUCCCCCUCUGCAGCAGCACACAGCUACGUGUCACUCAGAGGCCACGCCCCCUCAUGAUGCAUCACUUUGAGCCUUGAUAUGAUUUAAAGCAGUGAGCUGUAUAAAGCUGUGAUGAAGGGAUCAAUGAUCUACAGGAAGCAGCUGUGAACAAGUUGAUUCCUGCUGACAGACAUUUUAACAUGGACUCUUCUGGGACUGAGUCGCUGGUGGAGCCUCUGGUGGCCGUCAGAGGAACUGCAGGUGGAGCUUCAGAUCUACAAUAUCGCCCCCUGUGGAUUUACAAUGAACUGCAACACACUUCAGUCUCCAGCUGCUUUGAAACCAGAGGAGUCUUUUGCUUGUUGUAAUGCACCAUGUACCCUCUGCUGUGGAGUAAAUGUACUUAGUUACUUUCUGGCUGUAAUUAAAGUUUAAGAUGUCAUCAGCAGGAAAUAAGAGAAACACGUGAGGGUGGAGACAACAGGUGUGAUCUUUAUCACAGCAGGCUGAUUACCUGAUUGGGCACAACUCAGGUGAGGAACAGGUUUCUGAGAACACAUCUCCUGGCACGACUACAACAUACCUGUCUGCAGGUGGGUCAGAGAGGGCGGGACUUCAGAUGUGAUGACAUUUCACUCCAAGGUGAAGGAGACGAUCACUGUCAGUCCUGCCAGAAAAUGGACACCAGUUCCUGUUUCUGUGUUGUCGCUGCAGUGUUGUCCAUAUUCACAGUCCUGUGGACGCUCAGAGACAGAUGUGGUUCUGGGUACUGGAUGGCUGCCUGCGGGGCCCUCAGCGGGGCCCUCAGCUGGGCCCUCGGGUCCGGUCUGUAUCUUAAUGUUCCACCUGCUCUCUGUGGGACGGCCCUCCUCACCUGCAGCUUCAUCCUGAUCCUGGUGACUGAGAGGAGAGUCGAGCUGCUGCCAGUGGAGAGGAGAGCGGUGCUGGUUACAGCUUGAAGCUGCUGGAGGAGUUUGGACCACUGGUUCCGCUGUGGAGCAGCUGCUGCUGUCUCAUGUGAGUCCAGGAACCAGCAGAGACACUAAACAGUUUCUGUCUUCAGGCUGUGAUUCCGGGUUCGGUCACAUGCUGGCGAGGCGGCUCAGUGAGAUGGGGCUGACGGUGUUUGCUGGUGUUCUGGAUGUGAAUGGAGCUGGAGCUCAGCAGCUCAGAGAAUCUGGUUCUGAGAACCUGCAGGUUCUGCAGCUGGACGUGACCGACAGCUCCCAGAUAGAGACAGCACACCACCACAUCAGUGCUCAGGUGGCAGACACAGGCUUGUGGGGUCUGGUGAAUAACGCGGGAGUCCUCCGCUGCCCCAUGGACGCAGAGCUCCACCCGCUCACGGAGUUCAGACUCUGCAUGGACGUCAACUUUCUGGCUGCUGUGAAGAUGAGUCAGGUGUUCCUGCCUCUGCUGAGGAGGUCCAGAGGACGCAUCGUCAACGUGUCCAGCAUGGCAGCUGAGGUGCCCAUGAGCAUGUUUGCAGCUUACGGAGCCUCGAAGGCAGCGCUCAGUAUUUUCUCCAAGGUCCUGAGGCGGGAGCUCUCUGUGUGGGGCGUCAGCGUGGCUCUGAUCCAGCCUGCAGGCUUCAGAACCAAUAUCUUUGGGAACAGUGAUGACAUCAUUCGCUACAGAGACGAGACGCUGGCAGCUGUAUCCCCUGUUGCCAGAGAGGAUUAUGGGGAGCUGUACAUCUCGUCUCUCCCCGGCAGUCUGUCCAGAAUGUCCCAGCAGUGUGAGGAGGACGUGUCUCCGGUGGUGGACGACAUGUGUCACGCUCUGCUGGCAGCUCAUCCUAAACCUGUGUACAGCCCGGGACGCAUGGCGCGGCUGCUCCCGCUCCUGCAGCGCUGCUGUCCCACCGCUGUGUUCGACGCCAUCCUCACGCUCGUCCCCAGACACACCGACCUGGAACCGGCAGGACUCAGCAGGAGCUAAGGCUCAUGGGAAAGUUUCACAAACAUCAAGCUGACUUUCAGGCUCUCAGAUUAUUGUGAUGUCAGAAAAAAUGUUUGUGCAACAAGAUAUUUCAAAACCAUACUAUCAAAAUUAAACAUCAUGAAAAAGACAGAAGUGAGUUUAAAAUCUCCGUCUGGUGUUAUUUGUGUGUUUGUCAGACUCAAACCAGCGUUCUCUUCUUCUCUGACAACCACAAGUCCACAAAGUCCACUCAUGUCUGUACAGUAACUAUGAAGCUAGCUUAGCUUAGCAUGAGGACUUUGAACAGGCGAAACAGAAAUAAUCCACCUCGCUCACUGAGUCACAUUAUAUUCCGGCUGGUCUUCAGAUUUACUGUAAACAAGAAGAUUUCACUCAGAGCCAUUUAAAGUACCAACAGACACACGAGUUCACUGAGCUGUGGGUUUAAUGCAGCUUUCAUCUAUUCUGUACAGUAAAAAUUCCAUCAGCGUCUCAAAGACACACGUCUCUCUUUAAAAAAAAAAAAAAAAAAAAAAAAAUCGGAUGUAUAACAUCCAACCAGCUGCAGAGCGCCGUGGUGCUGCUCUACA